CGGCUCUGCCUCCCGCCAGCUUCCCCCGCCUCCCCCGAGGGGCGGCCGCGCUACAUAAACACGGUCCCGCCGCCGCUGCCGGGGCUCUCCGCUCGCAGCCCGACGGGAGGCGCCUGGCCGGCAGCGGGCGGCGGGGAGAGACGCGGCAGCGGGGAGCGGCUCCGCGGACAGACGGGGCGGGAGGCUCCGGCGGGCAGCGGCGGAGGGCUACGCGCUCCCCCGCGGGCGGCGGCGGCGGCCCCGCCGGAGCCCAGGCGGCCGGGGGAGGAGGAGGAGGAGGAAGGGCAGCGGCUCCCCGCCGGCGGCGGGCUCCCUCCGGUAUGGCCCUGGCGGACAGCGCCCGCGGGCUGCCCAACGGCGGCGGCGUCUCGCCGGCGGCGGGGAGCGGGGCAGCGGGGAGCGGGGCGGCGGCGGCGGCGGGAGGAGGCUGGUCGUCCUUCCCGGAGAUCGUGGAGCUGAACGUGGGCGGGCAGGUGUACGUGACGCGGCGCUGCACUGUGGUCUCGGUGCGGGACUCGCUGCUCUGGCGCAUGUUCUCGCAGCAGCAGCCCAGCGAGCUGCCCCGGGACAGCAAGGGCCGCUUCUUCCUCGACCGCGACGGCUUCCUCUUCCGCUACAUCCUGGACUAUCUGCGGGACCUGCAGCUGGUGCUGCCCGAGCACUUCCCCGAGCGCAGCCGCCUCCAGCGGGAGGCCGAGUACUUCCAGCUGCCCGACCUGGCUCGCCGCCUGGCGCAGACUCGGGCCGCCCCCCGCCCCGCCGCCCUGCACCGCGACGGCUCGGUCUGCGCCGACGAGCCGCCGCCGCCGCCGCUCCUCGGCUACCUGGAGGCCGAGCCGCUGGAAGGAGGCGGCGGCGGCGGUGCGGCGGCCUCCGCCCCGUCGCCCACCGCCAGCCGCAGCCCCUCGGGCGGGCCGCUCCUCACGCCCUCUCAAUCGCUGGACGGGGCGGGCGGGAGACGCUCGGGCUACAUCACCAUCGGCUACAGGGGCUCCUACACCAUCGGGCGGGAGGCGCAGGCCGAUGCCAAGUUCCGACGGGUGGCCCGUAUCACUGUCUGCGGCAAGACGGCGCUGGCCAAGGAGGUCUUCGGGGAGACGCUGAACGAGAGCCGUGACCCCGACCGCCCUCCUGAGCGCUACACCGCCCGUUACUACCUCAAGUUCAACUUCCUUGAGCAAGCCUUUGACCGGCUCUCCGAGGCUGGCUUCCGCAUGGCUGCCUGCUCCUCCACCGGCACCUGCGCCUUUGCUCCCGAGCAGGGCGGCCCUGCCGAUGACAAGAUCUGGACCAGCUACACUGAGUAUGUCUUCUGCCGGGACUGAGUGUCUGCCCAGCCCAUGGCGUGGGGAUAAGACAGCGGCCCCUGCAAACCCCCUUGCACCCAUGGUCUCCUCCUGGCCCGGAGGAAGGAGGACAUGGAGGGGGGCUGUAUCCCCCUGUGCUCUCCUCAUCCUGGUGCCUGCCUCCACGCACAACGUCAGCCCCCAGCGCAGCCCCCACCCCUUCUGCACUCACCUCCUGAUAGCCUUGGGGACAGGAGGUCACCGUGUCGUGCCUCGGUCACCAUGUCCCUACUUAGCCACUGUAUCCCGGCUUGCACCAUCAUCCUCCCUCCCAUGCCUCCCAGUAGCUGUGUCGGUAGUGAGGAAGGAGAGAGGUAGUGGGGGUAGACAAAUACCCAGUCCCAGGAAAGCGUGUGCGUGUGCCCCUCUGAGGGAUAGCUCUGUCAGGGUGGAGUGUUUUAAAAACCACCUGUUUUGGGGCUGAGGAACUUUUCAGUUGCUUUUGAGCAACUUCUGUUGAAGAUGCCAUCACAAAUGGCUGUCUUUUCUCAUCCCCAUACCCUUAAGCGGGAUUUGAUCUUGUUGGGCGGACCUAUAAUGGUCUGUUUUAUCCCCCCACCCCAUCAAAGUGAUGCCUGCUUGUGAAGGACACAGAAGUGAUGCCUGACUGUGAGGGGCUGGCACUCUGGCUCAUACUUCAUCUGUAGAGAUGAGUAAUUUUGCAGGAGGCAUGUGUGUGGCCCUUCAUGACCGGUUGCAUCCACCUCCCCUUUCUGCACCCUCUCUCUCUGAACUCCCCUUUCCAAGCUGUUAAACUGGAUCAGGGCCUGCACAGCUGGUGUGCAAGGCUGAUGUUAAAGGACAGGUUCACUGGAUAACCAACCAUUUGAACUAUAAAGUGUCCUCAGAGACAUGUUUAUUCCAUCAAGAGGUAAAACAAUGACGCUUUGAAAAAUUGAAGUGCUUGUGAAUUGUAACUUUCAUGGGUGAAGUCCUUAAAAUUCUCUUGAAGUUACUGUCUAUAAUAUGCAUAGAGAUCUCAAUGCAUAUUUACUUAAACACCCUUGAAAUGAUGGGGUUGAGAUGAAGCCAGGCUUGCCAGAGUGAAGGUAGGGCCUGCUUUCUGGGAAGCUGAAAUCAUGCACGUUGAAUUAAAGCAGAUGUACAUUAUGAAUGUAAAAUCAAGAGCACCCUGCUUGUUAUUUUAAGUUUUGUCAUGUUAGUGCCGUAAAACUUUGAAGCCAACGGAAGUGAUGCCAAAACCACUUUUUAAAGAACCAGUUUCUUGCUUUCCAUGGCAGUACUACCAGGGCAAUGACACUCCUGAGAGUUAAGUAUCUUUUUCCUAGACAAACUUAGCACUUCUUAGAAAGGAUUAAGCCCAGUCCUAACACAAACAAGGAUGAUGCCAACUUUUGCAAGGGGAAAUUGCCCCUUCUAAGCUGUAUUUGGUUCGUGCUAUCUAACAGUUUCUUUCUCGGAGAAGGCAGCCAUAGCUUGCUUUGGAACAGACGGUCUGAACAGCAGGUUGUACAAUAGGAAAGAUUGAGCAGCACUUUCUAAUAAAUUUGUGAAGAUUGGGGUACAAAAGCACUUUCCUUUAACACCUGAACUUGAUUAAAAAACCUGUAUUGUCCAUUCAGAACUUCACAGAAAAAUAUCCUAAAUGUAUCUGAAGCGUUGAAGAAUUUAGUGGUACAUAUUAAAGGCUUGAAGUGACAUUUUUAAAACUGUUAAAUAAUAAAUUGUUCUAACUCCAAAUUUAGAAAUACUGCUAGCACUUGUGUUCUAACCAAAGAAUUUCACAGUAGGGUUUUAUUUUAAAACCUUAGUUCCUUUGAAAAGAGCUAUAGCUACAUAUGUAUUGAGUUUCAGUGCUUAGUCUCUGUGUUCACCACUUAGUCUUCCAUUAAAUGCAUGCACAACCACAUAAAACUGAAAAGAAUUUGCUUCACCAUGGUUCUUUUUUCUUAUGUUAGCAAGAUUGUUUAUCGAUGUGAUUAAAUUGAAGAUGUGCAUAUGAAAGCGCUGGGUAUUGUCCAGCUGUAGAUAAUUGUAUACUGGAUUAUUUUUAAAAGGAGAGAAAUGUAUAUCUGCCAAAUUAGAUGAGCAAUAAGAUAGAAUGAGAGGCCAAUACACCUGAAGACAGAAUGAAACCUGUUUGUCCUAUGCCUUACUCUGAGAUGAUUUCUUUGUGCUUAUUUAUACCACAAGUGAAAGGACAUUGGUCACAGCUACUAGGUCUUCACAGUGCCGUUCUCGAGAAUAAUGACCGUCUUUUUCUACUUUCUGUUAAGUAAUUCUGAAGUAUGUUUUUUAAGAUUUUGUAUCAAAUCAGUUUUCAGUAAAGUGUUCAAAUUUGCUCUAGAUAGCUUUCUUUUUUUAAGAAUCUGGUAGCUUACUAAAUCCAUCAUAGGAGCCAUGAAUAGAGGCAGUUUUAAAUUGAACUUGUGAUUUAGUGUACAUAUAUAGAGAGUAUAUAAACAUUUUACACAAAUCAUUUAGUUUUUUAAUCAUUUUAGUGGUACGGAAUUUCAUAAUAUAUCUAGCUGAGCAUUUACAUAUUACGCUAUGUACAUAAUAUGGUAAUGUUUUACUGGUUUCCUAUACCUGUUUCUAUGGAAAAAAUGAAUAUGAAUAUCAGCUUGUAGAACUGAAAUCGAUUACAUAUUUGCUUGAAUGUGAAUCAUAACUAAACUUCCAGGUGGCUGAAUGCAUCCCUAAAACAAAGAUUGUCUGUAUUUUGAUCAAUGAUUGCCUAUCCGUUUGCUGGCAGAUGACCCAGAAAUUCUAAUAUUUUAAGUAAAAAUGGUGUAAUAAAAACAUAAACUGAUGAUUUUUUUAAUCUUUGUGUUUGUGCUAAAAACUCUGAGCGUUAUUAAUAUUAGGAAAUGGGGCCCUUCAUUUACUGAUAACUCAUUACAUUUAGGCUUAAAAUGAUGAUGCUAUAAAUGUAAUAGUCAUUUGAUUGUUUGCCACAGAAGAUUUUUUUUUAAACAUUACUCAGUAAUUUUAGUAAAAAUUUUAAAAGGUAAAAUGCCCGAGGCAAAGUCACUGUGUUUUGCUGGGCUCUUCUAUUGAGAGCUCAAAGAAUGGAUCAACACGAUGACUCUGCUAACCUGUUGAUGUGCAGAAGGACAAAAAUCUAAAGGCACGAUACUGGAGUUCUGUAUACAUUUUGUAGCUGUUGUUCACAGUUCAGGUACUUACGGAUGAAGGCAGUAGCAUUUACAAGUGCUAUUAAAACAACAAGGACAGUCUUUUUUAAUUAGAAGUUAAGGCAUAGGUCUUUUCAGCGAUGCGUAUCGUGAGGGGUGGCUUUGCAGAUGUUUGAUAGGAUGUUUAUAUUUUUAUACAUGUAGAUAAUGAGCCAUUUAUUCAUUCUUAUUUUCACAUGUAUAGCAUUGAAAAUAAAGAUCCUCCUAGGAAAACAUUGCAUACCAGAUUAAAUUCUUUUUCUUUAAAUAUUAA